UCCCACCGGUGAGCCCGUGGAUGUAGGGUGUGUGCCACGAGCACUCAGAGCUAGCGAGAAGGAGUCGAGGGCGGCUGCAACAGAAGUCUGAAGACGGGCCCUCAUCAGCUCAGCCGGUGGUUUCCAGUCGAGCAGUGUCGAGCACUCUGUCAUGAGACACAGUUUGUCUUGAAGGCCCGCCCUUUCGCUCCAUGCAACGCUUUCCUCACCACAUCGCAUCGAUGGACCCCCAGGUGUGUCCCCUGCCUCUGAACAGCAGCCAGUCGGUGAUCAGCGGCCUGGACAAAUCCCCGGCCUCCACAUUCAAACCGGGCCACUCACGGAACAGCAGCACCGGCUCCUCCAAACACUCAAAGCAGUCUCGUCACUGGGAGGUGAUGGACGACUUGCAGCAACGGGAUAUGUACUCGGUCCCCGGCUCCUCUGGGGACCUCAGCAUCCCUGGGAUCUGUGAGGGCUACUUGAUGAAGAGGAGGAAGUACCCGCUCAAAGGCUGGCACAAGAGAUACUUCUUGUUGGAGAAAGGAAUUCUCAAGUACUCAAAGACACAGCAAGAUAUUCAGAGAGGGAAGCUCCACGGCUCUCUGGACGUCAGCCUUGCUGUCAUGUCCGUCAACAAGAAGACCAAAGGCUUAGACCUGGACGCUGGGGACAACAUCUACCACCUCAAGGCAAAGAGCCAUGACAUCUUCUACAUCUGGCUGACCAAACUGUGUGCCCAUCGUGUGUUCAGGAAAAACGAGGCUAUGAGUGUCCAUCAUGGCGUCCUUCACGCUCUCUCCUUGAGCCCAGGCACCCUGCCAGGCGUGGCCAAUAUGGCCCAGAGCAGCAGAGCAACGCCCGCUCACUAUGCCAGCUUAGCGUCAGUGUACCAUCAAGAGAUGGAAAGCCCCGCCCCCGCCGUCUCCUCUCACCCAGGGGUGACCAGCAAGGUGUCAGCGUGGCUGCAGCAGACCCACGACAUCGACGGGACCUCCAGCGGUGAGAGAGACCUGGCUCGCUGUCAGGCGGAGCUGGCGGAACUGGCCCAGCUCAUCCAGCGUCUCCAUUGGCUGGAGGGAGGCCUGCCCAUCACUAACACAGACCUGGAGAUGCGAAUCAGCAUGCAGAAUCUGUCCCUGGAGAAACCCAAGAGGAAGCCGGGGAAAGGAUUCGGUCACGCCCGGACUUUGUCCCGCGUUGAAGCCAUGGGGGGAAUGUUCACUUCCAGCCACCUGAGCACCAACAGCAGUUCUGGUGUGGGGUCGUCCGUUAAGUCCAUCCCCGACUACGUCUACUCUCAGCUGUCCAACCCUCAGGUCACCUCGCCGGAGGCCAAGAAGCUCCACCAGGACAUCUACACUUCUUCUCAGAGGGUUCAUGCGUCUCUCAAGUCCAUUCAUGAGGUUUUGACCUUGGAGAGAGAGCGACUGAGGCAGGCCUGGACCGGCCCGGACCUGAGGCACAACACGUCCCAGCAGCUCGCUACGCUCUGCAACACAAUGACUGAGCUUGACAUACAGUCUCGUCUGACCAAAGUCCAUUCGCUUUCCCUGUCCUCUGACUCUUCUGAGGAAUCCUUCUGCACCGUCCGUCCUGACCAGAGGACACCCUCCAUGGGCCGUCCGUGUCAACGUGCGCCCUCCGUGGCGGAAUCCAUGGUAGAGUAUUUUGACGCUAGCGAGGUGAUUGUGUGCGAGAGCUCGUCGGAGGCCGAGGCGUCUGACGAGUCGGGCCUGAGCGACAUCACCACCACCAGCAACUCUGAGCCGGAGGAGGGACACGCCACUGCCACCCUCAACUAUCGCGCCAGUCUGAACAACGUUCCUGACAAAGCCAGCCCAGUGCCCCCCAAUACUGGUCGUCGCACUGUCCUCCCCGCCUCCGGAACAGACAACAGCCACAUUGGUAUUAUGUCCAUCCUGUACAACAACAUCGGCAAGGACCUGUCCAGAAUCUCCAUGCCGGUCGCUCUCAACGAGCCACUGUCUCUGCUGCAGAGACUCAGCGAAGAGCUGGAGUACUCAGAGCUGCUAGACAUCGCUAACCGCACCGACGAUCCAUACGAGAGAAUGGUUUACGUGGCGGCGUUCUCCAUCUCUGGAUAUGCCUGGGCGUCCUGGAGGAAUCGCUACAAACCCUUCAACCCUGUUCUGGGAGAAACAUACGAGAGUCACAGAGAAGACCGAGGCUUCCACUACAUCAGCGAGCAGGUCAGCCAUCACCCACCCGUCUCUGCCUGCCACGCAGAAUCCGAAAACUUCACUUUCUGGCAAGAUCAGAGAUGGAAGAACAAGUUCUGGGGGAAGUCUAUGGAGAUGCUCUCUUCUGGACUGGUCAACGUUGCACUUCCCAAGUACGGUGACCACUAUGAGUGGAACAAGGCAGUGACAUGUAUCCACAACGUGCUGAGUCAGGAGCGCUGGUUGGAGCACUACGGUGAGGUGGUCAUCAAAAACACAAAGAGCGACGACUGCACCUGCAAGAUCACCUUUGUCAAGUCCCGCUACUGGAGCUCAGACAGCAGUAAGAACGAGGUGCAGGGUGUGGUCCUGGACCGGGCCGGAGAGGUGGUUCAUCGUUUCGGAGGCCUCUGGCAUGAGGGCAUUUUCUGUGAUACCCUGUCCACACCAAAGUGCAUCUGGAAGCCCAACGUGCAGCCUGAUGACUACGUCCAGUUCUACGGCUUCUCACAAUACGCCAGAGAACUAAACGAGCUGACUCCAGAACUGAAGCCUCUCUUCCCGCUUACAGACACUCGCUUCAGACCAGACCAGAGGCUCCUGGAGGAGGGGAAGGUAGCAGAAGCAGAUAAAAAGAAAGACGAGGUGGAGGAGAAACAGAGGGAGAGGAGGAAGGAGAUGGCCAAGACAGGGGAGGAGCACAUGCCCAGGUUCUUCAGGAAAUCUUUGGAUGAGGCUGGUAGAGAGGUGUGGCUGAGCAACAGAACCUACUGGAAGCUCCGCAAAGACCCGGGCUUCUCCAAGACUGAAAACCUGGACCUGUGGUAGAACACAGCAUUAUGCGGAACGGAACUAGCCAAGCGCUAUAAACAUUGUAAUAUAAUGAAGAGGAAUAAUACGCCCCUCAAAUAGUAAACAUUAUUAAUUGUUCUCAUGUUAGUCCAGUAACUUAUGCCUGAAUAUGCUGUCGUGACUUAUCAACAAAGGUCUGCUGCUACCGUCAGGCACAGAUGAACCUCUCAUUGGGUCUUUGUGCCACGUCGAGGUGAGGUGCCACUAUGGAACAAAUGAAGACUGAUUAAGAUGAAGCCGGAUGUCCUUCCAGCCUUUGGCUGUACUAUGAUGGAGACCUUAAAUAUGAUCAAUCAUCAUUCAAAAGCAAAUCUCAACUAAACGCAGUCUUUGACGCGGCCCUCGAGAAAAUCGUCUGUCAGGAUUCAGUCCCCUCUGAAUGUAAAGUGUUCUGUAUCAUAUUGGUGGGUUUCAGAUAAUGUUAUACUUUUUGUUAGUUUAAAACAUGUCAAUAUUACUAUUUUUUUUGUAAGGUUCAUUUUUAUGAAAUCAGAAACGAAUCUAGUUUCAGAAGCUUGCUUCCUGCAGAGGGAUCCAGAGCACAGAGGGCUAAUCCGGGCCUCGAGGGGUCAAGUCCAGGUGAACCGGUGCUGUCCUGCUUUCUUUGUCAGCGGGUCCUAGUGUGUAAGCUUGUGCUCAUUUGUAAAAUGGAUGCGUGUUUUUAUGAUCUGCAUUUAAUAUGGACACAUUGGUGAUGCAUUGUUUUUUUAUAUGGCUAGCAGUACUGUUAGCCUAGCCUUCUUGCUCCCUCACCCGUGUGAUUUUUGGUAAAUGAGCCCGUGGACGAGGAUUGCUCCUCUCGAACCUCUGCGCUCUCAGUCGAUGCAGUGAAGUAUAGUUAUUGAUGUUUUUUAACAAUGGAUUUUAAUAAGGAAAAGAGACUACUGUUAAAUCCCAGUGAAAUGUGUUUUCUUUAUGGUUUUGUUUCAAAUAAAAGGUUCCAUAAUCAA